AUGCAGGACCUCGACGUCGUGAACGAGUUCAAUCGGGUAUGGCCGUUGUCCGAUCUUCGGCAAGGGUCGCGUGAAGUCCAGGUGGAUCGACAAGUCUACGCAGAGCUGCAGCGUGUGGCACCUGGGAAUCCAGUCUCUGCCUAUGCGUUAGUCUCCUGGUCAGCCUUUGACAAUGCGCUCGAGGCCUCUGGCGGUACUGCUAGUGUCGAAGCCUACGAAGUUCAGUACGCAGUGUCUGGGUCAGGCGUCUGGCAGUCGCUGGGGGAUUCACUGACCGGAUUUCGCGUCGACUUGGGUGCUCAAGCCACGGAACACGUGCCCAAGCAGCGUAUUUUCACUCGUGCAGACGAUGGCGAGUCCAUCAACGAUGGGUAUUUCAGACUUGGCUUGUCGUAUGAAGGCUCCAGUCCGAGUAUCCUGGGCGGACGAGCUACUGCUGGUGUGGUGACGCCUCCGAUCGCUUUUGACGCCAGUGCAGACGCCAUGAAGACAGCGAUCGAGUCUCUGGAGCAGGUCACACAGGUGCAGGUGGAGAGGAAUGCGCUGGACGCUGAUGGAGCGUUCGAGUCGAUCAUUCUCUUGGAUCUCGUGGCGUACGACGGCGAAGAUCCACUGCCGUUGCUGUCGCUGUAUACAGAGACGGUGUCAGCUCAGUGGACUGGAGACGGAGACCAAGUAGCUGUUCAGUAUCUGCGCAUGGCUCCGAGUUCUCCUGGUCGACAUGGACGUAUUUGCUCGGAUGAAUGCAGCUACCAAGUCACGGGACUGCAGACUGGUCGAGCCUUCAGCUUCCGUGUUCGAGCGCAGUAUUCGGAAUUCUUCCCCGUCACCAGCUUCCAGGCUCAGCAACAAUGCGACAGUGAGAUCGGCUGGACUACGAUCACUCGUCAGCAAUGCGCUAACACACAGGACUGGUAUUACGUCCAGUUGACUGGGAACGGCGGCAGUGGCGGCUCUACCAGUGGCGAUGAAGCCAAACCUGGCGAGCACGGAGCUGUUCUUGUCUUUCCAGUCACGUGGUCGGGCGAAAGACCGGCGGAACAUUCUUUUUUCUACACGGGAAGUGUCCAGACCUAUCGAGUUCCAAUUGACCAGUCUGCUCCUCAUCUUGCGCAUCGAAUUGUUGCUCUUGAUGUCUACGCCUGGGGCGCUGGGGGAGCUGGUGCGAGGUCGUCAAACGGAGCUUCAAGCGACUUGAGUAACGGCGGAGGAGGCGCCUUUGCACGUGGAGUUUUCCGUGUCAGUGCCGGUGAUGCUGUGGACAUUUUGGUUGGCGGUGGAGGCCUUCAAGACGGUCGGGGUGGGUUCAACGGCGGUGGAAACGGCGGCACAGGCGAUUUCCCAGGCGGCGGGGGCGGUGGCGCGUCUGAAGUGCGCGUGAAUGGACGAACAGCCGUCGUAGCUGCUGGAGGUGGCGGUGCGGGCUCGACGGAUUACUGUUGUGCCCAUGGAGGAGGCGGCGGUGGCUUGGAUGAAGCAGAGUCUGGUCUUGCACCGGAUGCAACAACGAUCCCACUCGACUCACGUGUGACUGGACAAGCAGCUAGAGACGAAUAUCAUUCCUCGAAUGUACCGGGAGACACGAGAGACUUCGAGGGACUCCCAGCGAGACAUGGACACCUCGACUGGGGCUUUGCUGCGAGUAGUGCAGACUACUCCGUUCUAGCAACUGGAGGCACAGGCGCCACGCCAACAACGGCAGGUGUGGCGGGGACUGCAGGUUCCUAUCGCUAUUCUCUUGAAGGCACGUGUCUGUUGAACCCGCAGACAUCUCUGGUGGACGUCGCCGUGUCUCCGUUGACAGCAUCGCAUUGGCCUUCGAAUGGUCGAAAUGGAAGUGGCGGGAGUGGACAGAGUGGCAAACAAGCGGGUGGAGGCGGAGGUGGAGGGUUUUUCGGUGGCGGAGGAGGAGGCGCAGGUGUUGACGGAGCUGGAGGCGGUGGAGGCAGCAGCUUCGUCUCCUUUAGAGACCUGUUUAAUUCGUUCAAAUCUGGGAUUAGUGACGCUAGUCUGCGAGCACGAGUGAGUGACGAGAUCGUAGACAAGCUCCGAGUGACUCCACUGACAUCCUCGAGCGUCAAAGUGAGCUGGAAAGCUCCUCGUUUUGGCUUCUCCCAGCUCGUGGAAGGAUUCGUGAUCGAGAUGGCCAAUCGCUCCGUCAAUGAGGACUUUCGUCUUGUACGUUUGGUCACUCUUCCGGCCACUGAUGUCACGGAGAAGAGCGGUACUCUCACCCUCCACGGUCUUACGCCGACGGCUGCGUACCGCUUUCGAGUGAAAGCUUUGCUGCUCGAUGGACGUGGCACUUUCAGUGAUGUCGUUACGCUGCGUAUGCCUACGAAGCCGAGGAAUACGUGGAGACGUUGCGUCACUCGAACUGUAGACGAGGAGAACACGAGAGCAGGAAUGCGCGUCACCAACACUCCUCCCUUGCAGCGAUUUCCGUCUGCUAGACGAGGACAUUCCCUCACAUUGCUGGACAAUUCUCUUUACCUCUUUGGAGGAAUGGCGAAGAGCUACGAGUGCAGCCGAGCACACAAAGUGCCAUGUUUAUUACAGCCGAGUCCACGAUCAGUGUCCAACGAUUUCUGGCGAUAUGAUCUGCGCACGGAGACGUGGUGGUCUGUGCCUCCGCCAGCGUUGGUACCUUCUCCAAGAGAGAAACACUCGAUGGCAGUGGUGAAUGACCGCUUGAUUCUAUUCGGAGGACGGCAGAACGACGUGUCGGACGCAAAUGACGCCUCGACGUGGGGACCUCGAGCCCUGAAUGAUUUGUGGGAGCUGUCGGUCUCCUCCAGUACAGCGAAACAGACGUCAGUGUCGCUGGAUUCUCGUCAGCCAUCGGCUUUGUCUAUUCCGGAUGGAGGACAAGUCUUUGCGCUUGGGAGGAAGAGUGGUAGUGCUGGUGGAGGGCAACUCUGCGUUGUCAACGUGUCUGUGAGUGUGCAGAUAACACACGCGUGUCCGCACACACUUGGCUUGCAGGUGUUUGGCCCCGGACCUGCAACGUUUCCAGGUCGACAGCAGAGUGCUCACUUUCCUGUUGAUUCACAAGCUCGAGAGACGACGUGGAGCGAUAGUCAAGGACUGAGGAGCCUACAAGGAGACAAGAGAGCGACUGGCACUGCGCCGAAUGCCAGAGCGUUCCCUGUGUUGCUACGUAGUCCCGACGAAGCUGCAGAUAAGAGCGAAUGCGCCCCAGGAACGGAGAAACUGCAGUUCGUGUCGACGUCUAGUCUCGAAGCGCUCUCGGUCUUCCAUCAGCUGCCUGUUGCCGGGAACUGGACGCUUGAGUUGACUGACACUGCAGCGGACGGCUUUGUCGGGAACCUGGACUCGUGGGACGUCACUUUCGACGUUGCUCCUUGCGUUCCUGCCUUCACGUGGACGAAUCUGUCGCCCAUAGCAACGGGAACGGCCCCGACCGCGCGGUUCCAGCACUCGGUUGUCGUAGUCGGGAGCAGUAUGUUCAUCUUCGGAGGCACAGCGGGAGGUACUGGCUCGGAACUGAGCGACUUGUAUCGACUGGAUUAUACCCCCAGUGUGGCGCUCGGUGUCGCGCCAACUGCUCGAUGGACGCAACUUGCGUCUCUGACCGACAGAGAGAGCCCCAGUAUCGCUGAGAGGAGAGUUCAUGCAGGACGGACGACGUUGCUGACUCCGUUUGAGCUGAUGGCUGUCGGGCGUGGACUCAAGUCUCCUCGACGAGCGUCUCUCGGGUCCAGGACGGCGAUGGCAGCUUCUCGCUUCGAGUCGCAACUGGACGUUCGUUUGAAGCGUCUCGAAGAUCUGAUCGACGGAUGGAGAACUGUCGCUACUACAUCUGGAGAGGAUGAGAGCGCUCUUGACGAACAGCGUCCUGUGCCUCGGUACUGGGCUGCUAGCGUCUUUGUUUCCUCACUGCCAGGCAGUAAGGUGCCGCGUGUAUUCCUGUUCGGCGGCCAAGAUGACACGACGCUGCUGGACGAUUUUUGGAGUCUGGAACUGGCUCAGCUAGAUGAGGAUUUCCCUCAAGAUCGUCGAAAGAGUCAACGGAUCAGAGCGUGUGCGUGGAGACAAGAGAACUCGGUGUACAGGACACAGUGGACAUCGUCUUGUGGGGCAAGCAAUGCGGCAGCUGCAGUAGAUAAAUGCACACUGGAGAUGCUGCUGUUGUACGCAUGGUGCGACGAGUAUUACCAGUCAAUACGACUUUAAACACACGACGCUGCGCUACACAGGUUCGUACUCCACAUACUUGAUUGCCAGCUCACCAAACACUCCUUUAAGCAUCCGAAGCACACUCGAUAGAACGAUUU